GCAUGCGCGCAGAGGGUCAGCAACAUCCCCAGUGAAAAACAACAACAAUCAGAACCGUGGGGCUGGAAACGGAGAUGGCCCCGUGAAAACGCAACACUUACACUUAUUUCAUUGAAACAAUUCCAGUCUCGUUGCUGCUAUUUUACCAGAAACUUUAUAUGUCGACGGUGUCGAGCCCAUGAACCUGGCCAGUCUGAGCGGGGAUGCUGGCGGAAGCCAGCUUCUCUUCGCCAACUUUAACCAGGACAACACGUCUUUGGCUGUUGGCACCAAAUCAGGAUACAAGUUUUUCUCCUUGUCCUCUGUGGACAAAUUGGAGCAGAUAUAUGAAUGUACUGACACAGAGGAUGUGUGCAUCGUGGAGCGCCUGUUCUCCAGCAGCCUGGUGGCCAUCGUGAGCCUGAAGGCGCCCAGGAAGCUCAAAGUCUGUCACUUCAAGAAGGGAACUGAGAUCUGCAACUACUCUUAUUCAAACACCAUACUGGCUGUGAAACUGAACAGACAGAGGCUGAUUGUGUGUCUGGAAGAGUCGCUUUACAUUCACAACAUCAGAGACAUGAAAGUGCUGCACACCAUCAGAGAGACUCCACCCAACCCGUCAGGACUGUGUGCUCUCUCCAUCAGCAACGAUAACUGUUACUUGGCGUAUCCGGGCAGCGCCACGAUAGGGGAGGUCCAGGUGUUCGACACGGUCAACCUGAGGGCAGCCAACAUGAUUCCGGCUCACGACAGCCCCUUAGCGGCGUUGGCGUUCGAUGCCAGCGGCACCAAGCUGGCCACGGCUUCAGAGAAGGGCACGGUCAUCCGCGUCUUCUCCAUCCCAGAGGGACAGAAGCUCUUUGAGUUCCGGCGAGGCGUCAAGAGGUGUGUGAGCAUCUGCUCGCUGGCGUUCAGCAUGGAAGGCCUGUAUCUUUCUGCCUCAAGCAACACAGAGACGGUCCACAUUUUCAAAUUGGAGACGCAGAAGGAGAAGUAUGUGCCGGCUGAGGAGCCGACGACAUGGGGGGGUUACUUGGGGAAGGUGCUGAUGGCGUCCACCACCUACCUGCCUUCACAGGUCACAGAAAUGUUCACCCAGGGACGAGCUUUCGCCACCGUACGCCUGCCCUUCUGCGGACACAAAAACAUCUGCGCCUUAGCUGUGAUUCAGAAGAUUCCCAGGCUGCUGGUGGCAGCGGCCGACGGAUAUUUGUACCUGUACAACUUGGACCCUCAGGAGGGGGGGGAAUGCACGCUCAUGAAGCAGCACAGACUUGACAGCAGUGCCGAACCUCCCAAUGAGAUCCUGGAACAGGGCUCACACGAUCGCCCCCUUGUGGCCCAAACCUACAGUGCUGCUGUCAGUAAAGGUUACUGCGAAGAGCAGGGCGCGGUGGGAGGGGCGGGGCUCGAGGAGGACCUGAACGACUUGCGCCUGGAGGAGGAGAACGAGCAGCCGCCGCUCAUCCUGGAAACCGACUGACCCCGACAGAACCCUAAAACCCUCCUCCCGACGUCCAGGGGCCUCUUCUGGUGCUGCUGUGAAAACACCAGACACGACGAGGGUCAGGGACGGGAUCAAAGGCUGGGGGAGGCGUUCAGGAACCUGCCUUUCAGUCUGUCUGUCUGUGCGUUGUUCGGUUCACAUACCAAUCACUUUUCUGCCCCCCUCUCCUCUCUCCACUCCUCUUCCGUCCCCUUUAGUUUGCCUGUGCGGGCCAGAAUCUGGAGCGUUUUGCAUGUACAUGUGCCAACUGCUACAAAAAAAGAGCAAAAACAAACCAUGCUUCAUUGUGAAACUGAGCCCCCCCCCCACCCUGUGAGCGUGGUCGAACAGAAAGAGUAAAAAAAAAAAAACAACACAAUGUAGCCGUGUCUCAUUUGGUGGACACGUAUAUAAAUGCAAGCACUGUGUACAAUGAAAGUGAUUGUGUAAGUGCCUCUCUGUUUGUUUUUUUUUGUUUUUUUAUUUCUGUUUGGAAGGGGAGGACAUUUUUAAAAAUCCGUCGUCAGCAGGCCGACGGUUCCCGAUUGUCUGGCGCAGCAUCCGUCGGGUUUACCAAUGUUAUUUUAUUUUUUUCAAAAAAAAGGAAGAUUUGAAAACUUCCGCCUUGAGACAUUUGUGCGCUUAGCUGAGACUUUGUGUGUGUGUGUUGGGCAUGUACAAUAGCAAAGCAUCUACCCUCUUUCCAUCAUCCAAGCUCCUUCUCUUCUGCACAAAUCGGUUGAUUCCUCUCUUUUUUAUUUUAUUUUUUAAAUGACUGAUAAUAUUGAUGGUUUUAUAAACAAACAAAAAAAAGUCUUCUUAGCUAAUCAACCCAAUGAUGUGUCGUGCGUAUGCAAACAUGCAUGUUGUUGUUGACGUGCUACUGUGCCCAUCCAUCGCAGACAUACGAGUAGAGAAAGACGGCACGGCGUCGGCCGCAGACUCUCCUUCUCCUUCAUCCUAAUCUGUAUCUCUAUACCUUACUAGAUGUGGUCAGAUUAUACCGGCCCUAAUCCCAGACGUCCCUCGCUGGGGAAAGAGCGGUGAAAGUGGAUGUUUGACCAUAAAAUGGGAAACGGUGGACUGAAACUUUGUUCUGAAGGUCGGGCUGAGCCUCGUCAUCCGGUCCAGGAUGCUGCAUGAUUCCCAGUUUAAUCCUUUAGCGGUCCCAACACCCUCUAAGGAUUAGCCCCGGGAUUAUGGAGCAGCAGACAUUUUCUAAUGAUUUUGUACAAAAUGUAAGACGUUCAUCUGAAGGUAAAAUGAAAAUAAAAUUCUGUAUUGAUGUAUA